AUGGAUGCAGGCAACCAGUCCCCAAAGCAGUCAGGUCCGUGCGUCUGCACCGAAAAAAUAUAUCGAGUUUUGCGUAUAUCGCUAAAUAAAAACCAAGACCCAAAAAGCAACAUGCGCGCAAAAGAAAAAAAGAAAAAAAGGCGCAAGAUGGAGUCAGAGAAGAGCGGUGACGUACCGGCGGACAGUUCCGUCUUCCGCGGGUAG